GUUGGACAUUAAAUAUAAACGAAUCCUGUCCGUCUUUGAACAAAACUCAACAAGAGAAAAACGACAUCUCUACGGAUUAAGGUCGGCGCAUUCUAAAAUGACAGAAAAAAGUGGCAGCCUCGAUGUGAAGAAUUACGUUUCCUGUGCAACUUCCUUGACAGAUUACUCCAUAAUCAGAAUCAAUGUCUCUGGUAAGAAGUACCAGACUUACGAGUCAACUCUCCAACGCUAUCCCGACACGCUUCUCGGCUCCCCCCACACGCGGGAACCUUACUACGACAUCACGAAAGGAGAGUAUUUUUUUGACCGUCAUCGCAGUUGCUUCACAUCCAUCCUGUACUAUUAUCAGUCAGAGGGAACACUUAUUCGACCAGUGAAUUUAUCCCCUGACGUGUUCAUGCAGGAGUGUUGCUUCUUUGGCAUCGGUGAAGAAGCUCAGAAACUUCUUGGCUUUGAUGAAAUGGAGGCCGAUGAACUUGAGGAUGAACUACCACAAAACAAAUACCAACGAAUGCUUUGGGAAGCAUUUGAGAUGCCCACUUCAUCUUGGGUUGCCAGAAUACUGGCUAUCAUCUCACUCGCCGUAAUAUUAAUAUCAAUUGUGGUCUUCUGUAUCGAGAGCUUGCCAACUUUGAAGGGAAUGCAAGUUUGGUUUGUGAUCAGCGCCGUCUGUAAUACUUGGUUUACGCUCGAAUAUUUACUCAGAUUUGCCGCUGCUAAAAAUAAACUAAAUUUUGUGAAAGGAACUCUCAAUAUCGUCGAUGUUCUGUCCAUUUUGCCGUUCUAUAUUGAUCUCAUCACGAGGAGCCUGAAUGCAAAAGGUGGAGCGGUGGAGGUUCUUCGUGUUCUGAGGGUUGUUCGUGUUGUACGAAUAUUUAAACUCACACGGCAUUCCAGAGGAUUAUAUAUUCUUGGUCAUACUCUGAAGUCGAGUCGAAGCGAAUUAUUUAUGUUGCUGUUGUUUAUGAUAAUGGGAGUGAUUCUGUUUGCAAGUGGCGUGUAUUAUUUUGAAAAUGAAAAAAAUUACGAGCAAUUCCCCAGCAUUCCACAUUCCUUCUGGUGGGCCAUUGUUACUAUGACAACCGUAGGAUAUGGUGACCUAAGCCCGAUGACUCCCGGUGGUAAGUUUAUCGGAGCGAUGUGCGGAGUGUCCGGUGUUCUUGCUAUUGCUCUUCCCGUCCCUGUCAUCGUCAGCAACUUCGAGUACUACUACAAGGAGGAGCUGGCCCGACAGAUUGCCGAGCAAGCCCGGCAGAACAGGAAGGCCCGCGAGGAAGCCUCGAAUCAUCUCCCGGUUCAAAUGCCUCUGACGCUGUCGAGCUCAAACAGUAACAUUGAUCAAGAGAUACUGGAGUUGAAAGGAGUGAAACCUGCGCAUAGCAGACAGGAAGUUCAUGGGAAUCAUUAUUCGAAAUUGUCGCCGAAAACUACGCCAAGUACACCUAGAAAGAGCGUUGAGACGACCAUCUAGUUGGUGGCAAGAAAAACGUUUCGAGCAUCGGGUCAAUGGAGGUUGAAAGUUGUACAACACGCUGACAAGGUUUGUGUCAAUAGCAAGGUUCAGAUCGCGCUCGUGAUUGGUUGAUCUGAUAGAGAUAUCGCAUUUGAUUGGUUGAUGUGUCCUUAAAGGUUGGGGUAGUGCAAGUCUGAACCUCGCUGCUAUUUUUAAAAAAAAGCUGAAACGGUGAAAAUCUUUAACCAUCUUAACUGUCAACAACUGUCGCAAUUGCAAUUCAAAAGCUUGGAUUGACCAUUAGAUUGGCAGCAACUCUAUAACGUGACGAUAUAUUGAAACAACGAAAAAUUCUUUUCCAAACAGAUCUUUUUUACAGAUACACAUCCAGUCUUCAGACGCAACCCAGGUCAGCGUGUUGUGACAACUGCAUGUCAUAGAACACUCG